AUGGCCUUCCAACCCUCGCCCGACCACGCCCGCCUCUCCCCCGCCACCGUCGUGGACGUCGACGUCGACGUCGAGCCCGACUCCCAGGAGCUCGCCCAGAGCGCCCUCCAUGCCAUCGUCAACGGUCGCAAAAGCUGGAAAACCAUCAGAGGCAAAAGCGAGGCCGUCUGGCCACCCUACCUCGAGGGACUGCAAAAGUACCGCCAGACGGAGGGCCUCAGGGUCUCUGCCCUAGGCGGCGGUCGCUUCCCCAUGCGCAAUAGGUUUAUCUCUGAGCAUAUCAAGAAAACCACAGGAAAGCAUCGGACGCCAAAACAAGUCGGGAGCCGUCUCCAGCAAUUGAGGGACACGCGGGGCGGAAAGCAGGUCCUCAAGCUGCUUUCAGACCGCAAUCCACCUGGCUCCUCCAGCUCCCUGCAUUCUUCACCCUCUUCCAUUGAAUCGGACGGUAAAGGAUAUACCCCGGGUCCUUCGGAUAGGUCGUUCGAAACCACCAUCGUCAAUAUACCCAUCCUCCGGCCACACACCAGCGGCUACAGCACUCCUACUAAUAUCUCGACCUCGUCGGCACACUCCUCGCCCUCGACACCCGAUACCCUCAGGUCUCCCGUAUCCCCAGUCUCGCCGUCCUCACCAGGACCCUCUGGCAUACGGACCCCGUCGCCAGGCCACUUGCUCAAUCAUCUAUCUGUCGGGCCUGCACGACCCAUCAGACAGAUUGACAACACGCUGACGUUCGUCUCCCAUUGGCCUCUACCGGGUCCGGGAGUUGCGGCAGAUACACCUUACUGCUAUCUCAGCGAAUUUGUUGUCAGCGGGCCACAGGGCGAGGUUCAUCGAGAGUACACCAACCUUCAACUGGUCGAGAAGCUCCCUCCCUCCGGUGAUGGGACUAUGGAGGCAAAGGAGAGGUAUUUGUAUCGUACCAUGCUCGUCCCGCUCUUCUGGGAGAGAUUGUGUCAGAGCUCCGACCCUACCCAAUACACAAUCAAGCAGGAGAUUGUCAAGACCAAGCGCGACCGAUCCUCUGCGGGAUCGUCCGCCUCGACGCCGGAUCUCCGUUUGCUUUCACGGUCACCGUCCAUCGAGCCAACUGUUUCCACAGAUGCCUCAGAGAAGAUCGCCGUGCUCUCCAUGCGUUAUCAGUUCGUUUACCACUCUUCGGCUGAUGUCGGCAUUGGGGCGGGUAUCUGGCCUACCAAUAUUAGCUCUCGACUGGCGGUGCCCCGCGAUGAGCGACGCCCAUCAACAGCAUCCUCGGCUUCGAGCUACAUCUCCGAUGAGGUCGACCCCAACUUUGCAUUCAGCUUUGGGAUGGACGUCGACCCUGCGUCUGGGUCCGACCAGCUCCAUUACGACCCUUCGGCUAUCGAUGAGAUGCUCUCGUCGCAUACCGACCUCAUGCUAUCGCAAGAGAACAACAUACUGCUCCCGCCGUUGAUGCUCGACGCGAAACCCGAGAUGCCGACCAACUGGUCUGCACCGGUGACCCCUGUGGAUGCUACGUUCUCCAAUGCCGCCAAUAUGGUCUUCACGCCCAAUCCUGUUGCGAUGAACGCCUUCUCGGGUCCUGGAGUGCCGGGGUACCAGCAGUUUGGUGGGGAGUGGGAAGGGCCGGGCGGUGGGUAUCCUUACCGCUUUGCCGAAGCGCAGAUACAGAUGCAGUUGUCUGUGCAGGAGGACUUGGACCUCAAGACCGGGCGCGGCAUCCCACCUAUUGAUUUCGCAUUCAUGGACGAGGGAUUGAAGAUUCUCUCUCCGCCGCGGUCUGCUCAAGUCAAUUACCCUUCGCCACACGAUCUGGAGGGCAUCCUUGGGACAAGGCUAUAACGCUCGUCGGCAUGCAAGGGCCGGAAGAGGAACAAUGUAUUUUUUGGAAUGUUUCGCUAUGUCGUAUGCUCCUGCUGUCUGGCUUGUGCUGAUUCUGUCUAUCUUCCAUCGUCUUGUUGUUUUGCCCGCGCUUUUUGUAUCACUGAUCAUCGCAUGCGCAUGCUUAUCAUCUAUAGCCCUUUUUUAUAUAGCUGUCUCACUACUACCCUCACCUCAUACCACCCAUAUUUCUCAUCCUAAUUCAUCCACACUGCAUACCAUCCACUUCACUCAUCUGUCGGAUUGGACUUUUUCGACCACUUUACUGCGUACUCACUAUUCAUACUGCUAUUGACCUUUGCUUUAUUUCGCGUUCUGCUUAGACUUUGUUUGACUUUUGGGGCCGCCCAUGCUUGCGCUUACGGUUCGUCGUCGUCAACCAUACCUACGUCCUUUGUUUUCGAGUAUUGCUUAUGCGUAGCUUUCAUCUUAUUCUUGGAUUAGUACAUAGUAGGUGCUCAGUUAAUACGUAAUGGUCAUUGCGGUUCUGUAUAUACUGGCUCGAAAGGACGAAGAGAAUAAAGAAAUCGGUGGAUUGGCCUUCGUUC